AUGGGACUCGCUCGGUGCGUGGUGUGUGCCGUGUCCGGAGGUGUUGACAGCUCUGUGGCUGCCUUGUUAUUGAAGAGGCGAGGAUAUAAUGUGACUGGAGUGUUUAUGAAGAACUGGGAUUCUUUGGACGAGUCAGGCGUGUGUACCUCAGACAAGGACUGUGAAGAUGCCUACAAAGUAUGUCAAACUCUGGACAUCCCUUUUCACCAAGUGUCCUUUGUCAAAGAGUACUGGCACGAGGUUUUUACUAAUUUGGUGAAAGAAUACCAGAAGGGAAGAACUCCAAAUCCAGAUAUUAUGUGCAAUAAGAAUAUCAAGUUUAACUAUUUCUACAAAUAUGCAAUGGACACUUUGGGUGCUGAUGCGAUGGCAACUGGACAUUAUGCCAGGACAUCCCAAGAAGAUGAAGAAGUAUUUCAUCAAAUGUAUUCUCCUUCAACCAAACUGUUCAGGGACAGAUUUGAGAUCAGAAAUCCUGUUCGGUUGCAUCAAGGAGCAGACCUUUUCAAAGACCAAACGUUUUUUCUCAGCCAAAUCUCUCAAGAGGCUCUAAGACACACCAUCUUUCCUCUGGCUGGACUCACCAAAGACUUUGUCAGAAAAAUAGCUGCUGAAGCUGGUCUCCACAAUGUACUCAAGAAAAAAGAGAGCAUGGGGAUCUGUUUUAUUGGUGAGAGGAACUUUGAAAAGUUUAUUUUGGAGUAUAUUGAGCCUAAACCUGGAAACUUUGUAUCUAUUGAAGAUGGUUCAAUAAAAGGAACGCAUAAAGGAUGGUUUACUUUAACUCUGGGACAAAGAGCAAGAAUAGGAGGCCAGAAGGACCCCUGGUUUGUUGUAGACAAAGACAUAGUUACAGGAGAUGUUAUGGUGGCUCCAACCACCAAUCACCCUGCACUUUUCCGGGAUACUAUAAAGACGGAUCGUUUUAAUUGGAUCACGACAGAGCCGCCUCGAGAGUUGAUUCAGGCCAAAAUGAUGCAGUGUAAUUUUCGCUUUAUUCAUCAGAUGCCACUUGUCAAGUGCACUGUUACUCUGAACAUGGACGGUACUGUAUGGAUCUCUUUGUCUGAACCAGUCAGAGCUCUGACUCCAGGACAGUUUGCAGUGUUGUACAAAGGCGAUGAGUGCUUGGGCAGUGGGAAGAUCCUUCUGUUGGGUCCCAGUCAGUUUACUCUGCAGCGGGGUCGAGAGCGGCUGUCAGCGGCCGCACAGCUCAAAGAGCCGAGUCACAAGCCGGUGAGCUGA